AAGCAGCUCCUUCACUCUGAGAAAGCAGCCGGAUACUCCCACAAGAGGCAGAAUGAAAUCCUUCCUCCUCACCAUAGCUGCUGUACAGAUCCUACACUGCUCAGGAAUACCGAGCCCGAAGGAUGCCCUGAGAGCAUCAGUUAUAAAACUGAACAGAAUCACCGAGACCACCAACCUGUGUGGGAUAACCAGGAGAAGAGUGAAGGAUAUUUAUCGCACAGGAAAAUUGUCCUACAAGGUGGAUUUAACAUUCUCUGUGAAAGAAACUGUCUGCUCCAAGAAUUCCGGACUGGAAUUUGAUGAUCCCAGCUGUCGCUUCUGUUCCAAAAAGACUGCGGAGAAAGGUUGGUGCAGAAGCCGGGUGGAAUAUUUUGCUGAUGAGAUUUUAGACGUUGAUGUGCUGUGUCGAGGUUUGAAGACAUUCGACAGCAACAGUGACUCAUCAGAGUCGAGUGAAAACAGGAUUGAGGUCGAAAUCAAAUCAAAAGAAAUGUCAAUCGAGGAAUCGCCAGAUGUGGGAAGCAAGUCAAUAGAAUCUUCACUUGAGGAGUCUCGGAAUGCGGGAAGCAAGUCAUUAGAAUCAUCACUUGAGGAAUAUCGGAAUGUGAAAAGCAAGUCAACAGAAAGAUCGCUUGAUGUGUCUUCAUACGAAGACGAUGAUGAUUCAAGAGGCUGACACUAACCAUGAAUGAAACUUCUGAAAGACUGAGCUUGGUGUGAACACAAGAAAACCUCAUUCUGAUUCAAGAAGAUGUUAUCAAUUGUACUUUACUUGUUCAUAUAUCAGGGAGGGGGAGACCUGGGGUUCCUGACUGUACAUUUUACUGUAACUGGGAGAUUCUGUAGUUUGUAAAUGUUCUGUCCUUUGGUGUGUGUUGUUGUCUUGUUUU